AGCAGUGUUUCAGUAAGCUAGAGCUCUUCUGCAUCUGCACACCUCGAAGAAACAACUCAACCAAUUACUCGUCAUCUUCUUCAAGAAAACUCUGAAUCAAGAUGUUGGGAGACAUAACUAACCGGGUUGUCAACAGUCCUAUGCAAACUCAGGAAAGAAUCAUGGUUAUGAAAGAGAACAUUCGCAACAAAAAAGAUAUCAAGCUUGAGAAACCAAAGAAAGUAACCAAAUUCAAUGUCGAAGAUGAACCACUGUUGAAGGAUAACCCAAGAAGAUUCGUGAUUUUCCCAAUUCAGUACCACGACGUUUGGCAGUUUUACAAGAAGGCAGAGGCUUCAUUCUGGACUGCCGAAGAAGUCGACUUGUCCCAUGAUUUGCGUGAUUGGAACAAACUUAAUGCAAACGAGAGAAAAUUCAUUUCCCACGUACUGGCGUUCUUUGCUGCAAGCGAUGGAAUUGUGAAUGAAAAUUUGGUGGAAUGUUUCAGUCAAGAGGUUCAGAUUGCAGAAGCAAGAUGUUUUUAUGGCUUUCAAAUUGCAAUUGAAAAUAUCCAUUCUGAGAUGUACAGUCUGCUUAUCGACACUUACAUAAAGGACCCUAUAGAACAAGAUAAACUUUUUAGAGCAAUUGAAACCAUGCCGUGUGUGCAGAAGAAAGCUUACUGGGCUCUCAAUUGGAUCAACCCUGAAAAGGCAUCUUUCGCUGAAAGGAUUGUAGCUUUUGCUGCAGUUGAAGGGAUAUUUUUCUCUGGGUCAUUUGCUGCCAUCUUUUGGAUCAAGAAAAGAAAUCUGAUGCAUGGAUUGACAUUCUCAAAUGAACUGAUCAGUCGUGAUGAAGGAUUACAUUGUGACUUUGCUUGCUUAAUGUUCAAGCAUUUGAGGAACAAGCCAAGCGAAAAGAAAGUUAAGGACAUUAUUACAGAUGCAGUAAAUAUUGAGAAAGAGUUCCUUACUGAAGCUCUUUCUGUUGAUUUGAUUGGAAUGAACUGUGCACUAAUGGCACAAUACAUUGAAUUUGUCGCUGAUAGGCUGCUCCUUGAGCUUGGCUGUUCAAAGCACUAUAAUACCACAAAUCCUUUUGACUUUAUGGAAAACAUCUCACUGGCAGGCAAGACCAAUUUCUUUGAAAGAAAAGUAGCAGAGUACCAAAAGAGUGGUGUCAUGGACAAAUGCAAUAAAAUAGAUAGCUCUACUUAUACAUUCACUGUAGAUGAAGAUUUCUAGAUAUUUGUUAGUUUUAAAUCUUCAAUUAUGUUUCUAGCACACACUAGAUAAAUGGCCAGCACAAUUGCCUGGGAACUCCCCUUCUUAUUUUCAAUUUUUAUGAAUAAACUUUAAAUUCAAACUAUGCUUGGCUGCAUGAAGGUGAAGUUUUUUGUGCUCCAACUUUUCGUUGCAUAUAGUUGGCUUAUGCUUCAAAAGAUAGCUGAAAUAAGAUUAUUUUCCCCAAAAUUUAUCCAAUAUGGCGUAAGAGAUUGGGUUUAUUUUUUGCCAUUAAGCACUAGUAUGCUACUCUAUUCAUCUUCUUAAAUUGGUUUUACACUUGUAAUUUUAGAUCUUAUUUUGAUCACAGAAUUUAUCAAUCUUAUCUUUGCUUUCAAUGUAUAUAUUGUGUAUAAUGUAUUUUAGUAUUGUAUAAAGAUAAUAACUUUUGUCAAA